AUGCGCCCGCCGGCCCCGGCCGUGCUGGGGCUGCUGCUGCUGCUGCUGCCGCCCGGCGCGGCCACCAAGAAGCCGACGCCCUGCAAGCGCUGCCGGGAGCUGGUGGACAAGUUCAAGCAGGGAAUGGUGGACACGGCAAAGAAGAACUUUGGUGGUGGGAACACGGCUUGGGAGGAGAAGACGCUGUCCAAGUAUGAAUUCAGCGAGGUCCGCCUGCUGGAGAUCAUGGAGGGCCUGUGUGAGGCCAGCGACUUCGCGUGCAACCAGCUGCUGGAGGAGCAGGAGGAGCUCCUGGAGGCCUGGUGGCUGCGGCUGAAGAAGAAGCAUCCUGACUUAUUUGAAUGGUUUUGUGUGCAGACACUGCAAGCUUGUUGUUCUCCGGGGACUUAUGGGCCGGGCUGCCUGGCGUGCCAGGGCGGGUCCGAGCGGCCCUGCAGCGGGAACGGCCACUGCAGCGGAGAUGGCACCCGAGAGGGCGACGGGUCGUGCCAGUGCCACCUGGGCUACCGGGGGCCCCUGUGCGCCGACUGCGCGGACGGCUACUUCCGCUCGCCGGGGAGUGAGGCGCCCAGCAUCUGCUCAGCCUGUGACGAGGCGUGUAAGACAUGCGUGGGCCCCACCAACAGGGACUGUGACCAGUGCGAAGUAGGCUGGGUGCGCCAGGACAACGCCUGCGUGGAUGUGGACGAGUGUGCGGCGGAGCCGCCGCCCUGCGAGGACACGCAGUACUGCGAGAACAUCAACGGCUCCUUCGUGUGCGAGGAAUGUGACCCCACCUGCGUGGGCUGCACGGGGAAGGGCCCCGCCCAGUGUAGGGAGUGUGUCGCCGGCUACAGCAAGGACAGCGGCCAGUGUGAAGACAUUGAUGAGUGCUCGCUGGCGGAGAAGCCCUGCCUGAGGGACGGCGAGAACUGCUACAACACGCCCGGGAGCUUCGUCUGCGUGUGCCCCGACGGCUUCGAGGCGGCGGAGGACGCCUGUGUGCAGACCGGGCCGGCGGGGGCUGAAGCCACGGAGGCAAGUCCGACGCAGCCCCCCUCCCGGGAGGAUUUAUGA